GCGGGGAGAAGGAAGGACCCGACGCAGCGCCAACCCCUGCUCGGCCUUGUACCAGGAAGCGCUUGGGGGGAGAGGAGCUGAGUUGAGUCGGAAGCCAGGAUGGUGGUGCCUUCGCUAAAGCUUCAGGAUCUAAUCCAGGAGAUUCGCAGGGCCAAGACGCAGGCCCAAGAGAGGGAGGUGAUCCAGAAGGAGUGCGCCCACAUCCGGGCCACCUUCCGCGAUGGGGACCCUCUGCACAGACACCGCCAGCUGACCAAACUGCUCUUCGUCCACGUGUUGGGCUACCCCGCCCACUUUGGACAGAUGGAGUGCCUGAAACUGAUCGCCUCCCCCAGAUUCAUAGACAAGAGGGUGGGCUACCUGGGGGCCAUGCUCCUACUGGAUGAGAGGCAUGAUGCCCACCUGCUCAUUACCAACAGCAUCAAGAACGACCUGAGCCAGGGCACUCAGCCAGUGCAAGGCCUGGCCCUGUGCACCCUGAGCACCAUGGGCUCUGCUGAGAUGUGCCGGGACCUGGCCCCGGAGGUGGAGAAACUGCUCCUGCACCCCAGCCCCUAUGUGCGAAAGAAGGCUGUUCUGACCGCAGUGCACAUGAUCCGGAAGGUCCCCGAGCUGUCCAGCAUCUUCCUCCCAUCCUGUGCCCAACUGCUUCACGAACGCCACCAUGGCACCCUGCUGGGCACUGUCACGCUGAUCACGGAGCUCUGCGAAGGAAGCCCUGCAGCCCUAAGGCACUUUCAAAAGGUGGUACCCCAGCUGGUGCAGAUCCUGCGGACUCUGGUGACAACGGGCUACUCCACAGAGCACAGCAUUUCUGGGGUCAGCAACCCCUUCCUGCAGGUUCGGAUACUUCGCCUGCUUCGGAUUCUGGGCCGGAACCACGAAGAGAGCAGUGAGGCCAUGAAUGACUUGCUGGCCCAGGUGGCUACUAACACGGACACCAGCCGGAAUGCGGGCAGUGCAGUUCUCUUUGAGACAGUGCUCACCAUCAUGGACAUCCGCUCUGCAGCUGGCCUGCGGGUUCUAGCUGUCAAUAUUCUUGGCCGCUUCCUGCUCAACAGUGAUAAGAACAUUAGGUAUGUGGCCCUGACGUCCUUGCUGCGGCUGGUGCAGUCUGACCACAGCGCCGUGCAGCGGCACCGGCCCACGGUGGUGGAAUGUCUUUGGGAAACGGAUGCCUCCCUCAGCCGGCGGGCCCUGGAGCUGAGCCUGGCCCUGGUGAAUGGCUCCAACGUGCGAGCCAUGACCCAGGAGCUGCAGGCCUUUCUGGAGUCCUGCUCCCCUGACCUGCGGGCUGACUGUGCCUCAGGCAUCCUACUGGCUGCAGAGAGGUUUGCUCCAACCAAGCGAUGGCACAUAGACACCAUCCUGCACGUGCUGACAACGGCGGGCACCCAUGUGCGGGAUGACGCGGUAGCCAACCUGACCCAGCUCAUUGGGGGAGCCCAGGAGCUGCACGCCUACUCCGUGCGCCGCCUGUACAGUGCCCUGGCAGAGGAUAUCUCCCAGCAACCUCUGGUGCAGGUGGCGGCCUGGUGCAUCGGGGAGUAUGGGGACCUCCUGCUGGAAGGCAACUGUGAGGACAUUGAGCCCCUUCAGGUGGAAGAAGAGGAGGUGCUGGCACUGCUGGAAAAGGUGCUGCAGUCCCAUAUGUCCCUCCCGGCCACCCGAGGGUAUGCCCUCACAGCCCUCAUGAAGCUCAGCACCCGGUUCCAUGGAGAUAACAACCGCAUCCGCCAGGUGGUGUCCAUCUACGGGAGCUGCCUGGACGUGGAGCUGCAGCAGCGGGCCGUGGAGUAUGACACACUCUUCCGGAAGUACGACCACAUGAGGGCAGCCAUCCUUGAAAAGAUGCCUCUCAUGGAGCGAGGUGAUUAUCAGGUUGACGAAGAAGCAAAGCAAAGCAAAGCAGCGGCCCAGCUUUCAGAAGCAGCCCCCGUGCCCACAGAGCCCCAGGCCUCCAAGCUCUUGGAUCUGCUAGAUCUCCUGGACAGCCCUUCUGGGGAUGCCCAGCACCCUCCGCCCCUGGAUCCUGCCCCAGGAGGCACCUUAGUACACCUCCUGGACCUUCCCUGUGCCCCUCCAGCCCCAGCUCCCAUUCCAGAUCUCAAAGUGUUUGAACGUGAGGGAUUACAACUGAAUCUGUCUUUCACACGACCCCCUGGGUCCCCUGCUCUGCUCUUAAUCACUGUCACCACCACCAACUUCUCAGAGGGUGAUGUCACCCACUUCAUCUGCCAGGCCGCUGUACCCAAGAGUUUCCAGCUGCAGCUGCAGGCCCCCAGUGGGGACACGGCUCUGGCUCGCGGUGGCCUUCCCAUCACCCAGCUCUUCAGAAUCCUCAGUCCUAACAAGGCCCCCCUGCGGCUAAAGCUGCGCCUCACCUACACACACUUUGGCCAGUCGGUGCAGGAGAUCUUUGAGGUGAAUAACUUGCCUGUGGAGACAUGGCAGUAACUGUCUCCGCUCUACGUGAAACCAUCCGGUGUCCAGGACUCCAGGCCCCAGCAGCUUGGAACCUGUGCCCGAGGGCUGCCAGCAGGUGGUGCUCUGGCCCUGCCUUUGCCACUGCACCAACUCCAAGCUAGCUGGCCGGUCCCACAAAAAUGCAGCCCAAUAAAGCCUGAGGGAGGAGGAAAGCCCUA